UUCAGCCAAUCAGAACGAAGCAAAUGCAUAGGAAAUGCCAGCUGGGUAUAAAUAUUUUGACAGUUCCUUCUUUUUGAUUGCGAACAUCUUUCAAGGCAGACAAAAUGGUAAACGUACCAAAAACCCGUCGUACCUACUGCAAAAAAUGCAAAGUGCACCGCGUUCACAAGGUGACACAAUACAAAAAGUCAAAGGAACGUCACGCCGCCCAGGGUCGUCGUCGUUACGACAGAAAACAACAAGGUUUUGGUGGUCAAACUAAGCCCAUCUUCAGAAAGAAGGCCAAAACCACGAAGAAAAUUGUAUUGCGUAUGGAAUGCACUGAAUGCAAAUUCCGCAAACAAUCACCGUUGAAGCGUUGCAAGCAUUUCGAGUUGGGCGGAGACAAGAAACGCAAGGGACAAAUGAUUCAAUUCUAGAUGAGUUGACCUUAAUUUUCCAGUUUUUACGUUCAAAUCAUCUCAAAAAAUGAAAUAAACAACAACUUGGAUUUCAUUUGCAA